AUGGCUUUACUUUUGCAAGGUUUUAUGAACGGCCAGGAAUAUAGGCCAGGUAGAAGUGCAGAGUUAACAAUAAAUAAUACCACACCGUUUUACAAAUUAACUUUACUGGAUAACUUUAUAGCAAUUCUAAAACGCUGUUCCGCCUGGACACCACCCGUAAUGGUCCAGACAUCACUGUUACUACUGGAGGAAACCUGAAACUAAACUAACUUUAUCCAUACUGGAUAGCUCCAUCUCCCCAGAGAUAACAACACAUGAACUUGUGGUUAAUUCUCGUCAACUGGACUCUGUAGCUCACUUGGUUAGAGCGCUGCACCAGAACAGCAGGGCCCCAGGUUCGAUUCCUACAAGAGGGAUUAUAGUCGCAUUUUCCGCAGCUCCCCUGGUUAGGUGUGAAAAUUGUAUAUAAUCUUGCCCUCGAAUUUUCCAUAUAUUAUAUACCAUCUAUAAAAACCCUCAAACUGGAAGUAUUCUUCUCACAUGCGAGCUAAAAUUAUACAGACGACUCUAUGUUGCAGGAAUCGAACCUCGCCAUAAACAUGACAUGUACUGACCACUUUCAUCUGUAUUUCCAAUAUUGUGUAAUGGUCAAUCAUGAGUAAUGCAAAAUGCCUCGGUAACAAAUUUCUAAAUUGUAAUUUUUAGACUCAGAUGAUGAUUUGUAUGAGGAAGUCGUGUCAAUUUACAACGAAGAUUUUACAACGCCUGAGUCGAGAGAACCUUACUUUAUCAAAGUACAUCGCUGCAUCAAAGCUUGUCGGAGCACAUCCAUUGAAAUGCCCAUUGCUAAUUUAACUACACAGAACGAAAUAGAAAUUGUAGCAGCAGAUAUCAACAAUCAAACAAAAUUUUAUAAAUAUGUCGUGUACGACCAUAUUUCGUGUGUAUGUCGUAAUGUCACACAGCCGAUUGAGAUUAACAAGUUGCACAAGACUGAUCUUGUUUCUAACGAAGGUAAGCAUUUAUUCCAACCAUGGCCUAUCGAAGGGGAGAUGGCUGUGAAACUCAUUAGAAUAACAAUAACUCAUUAUCUGUGUUAGUCAACGUGUAUUCAUAAAUAUGGUCCUUCACCGUCACGUGUGUAUUGUAUUUCUGCCAAAUCCACCAAUAGCAAUUCAUUCCAGUUUCCCUAUUGUUCGAGUCACGGAUAGGUAACUUUCCUAAAACAUUGCUAUUGGUUAGUUGGGUAAAAAUACAAUACACACGUGACGGUGAAGGACCAGAUUUAUGAAUAAACGUUGACCAACAUAGAUAAUGAGUUAUAUUGUUAUUCUAAUGAGUUUCACAGCCAUCUUCCCUUCGAUAGGCUAAGUUCCAACUAAUUGCAGUUAGUUUGUUACCGUUAUCAACCUUGUAACAAAAUGAUAACAACUUGUUCAAGACUUAUUACAACAACUGGGAACAAGCAGUGCGAACACCUCCUGAUAUCGGCUUCACAACAUUGUUACAACGUGAAAUAAAUAAAAUAUAAUAUAUAUUAUCCUGGCAGAGAAGUGAACUAUAAAUCUUGUUCUAUUUAGUGAACGAAACUGAAUUCAAGGCAAAACUACCUAACAAUCCAGAGAAUCUGAGAAAUUGCAGCCCAUCAUCAUUCUGUAGCAAGGCUCAACCGCGCCAUAUGCUUAAUCCUAGCCCUAGAGGAGUGACCGCGAUUUACCAAAAUCAGCGGUAUAUCUUCUUUAAUCAAUGCUUGCCUGGCUGUAUUGCUACCACAAAGAAUAAGGACAUGAAAACGAGGCUGUUAUCGGGCGCUCAUAAACAUAUAUCGAUCAAAACCGACACGGAUUGUUGGCCGUAUACAAAGCCAACCCAACGACAAUCUCAAAAACAAUCAAAAGUGGCGAAGCUCAGCCUGAACACAACGUAUCCGUCAUCUUUAAGACUAAAGAGACGUGGUUAA